AUGGCGCCUGCGCGACAUCGUUCCAAAGCUGCACAGAAGGAGUGCCAUCUAUGCGGGAAACAGUUCGGGGCUUCGGGGCUAGCGAGCCACCAGCGGAAAUGUGAGCGGGAGCUUGCCGACAUGGAGCGCAACCGGUUGUACGAGGAGAAGGUUCGCCACAAGGGUGAGGAACGACGGCAAGUUGACGAUAUCAAGAUUGAAUGGCACCCUCAUAGUGGCCGCCCGCCCGAGAUCCACCGGUUUGCGGAUUAUCGACGUGAGGUAGAUUCUACCCCAGCACCGCCUCCGGACAGUGAGCCAUGGCGACCAUUUCAAUCACGGCUUGAUUUCGAGUUUGCAGAGCUUGCUCUCCGUGCUGGUCUCACGAAAGCUGAGACUGACACGCUGUUUACGCUGUGUCAUCGGGCUGUUGCGGGUGAACCAUUUACACUGCGUGAUCACGCAGAGCUGACUGUAACCUGGGAGAGUGCAUCCUUCAAGUGUACUCCUUUUGAAGCACAAACCAUCACUGCAACAUAUGGGAAGGCAGAAAAGAAAUACCAAGUAUAUUACAGGCCGAUCUGGAACUGGGCCCUUGACCUUCUGCGGGAGGAACACUUGAUGAAGUAUUGGCACUGGGAUGCCCAACGUUGCUAUAAGUAUAGUGGCUCUGAGUUUAAGCGAUUCCUAUAUGAACCAUGGACAGCUGACCGGUGGUGGGAUAUUCAAUCAUCUCUUCCAAAAGAUGCAAAACCACUCUGCUUCAUUCUCUAUGCAGACAAGACAAAAUUGUCUUCAUUUGGGACUGAGAUGGGCUAUCCUGUCAUUGCCCGCAUUGCGAAUAUAGAUAUUGCUGUCCGGAAUAACUCUGGAGUUGCAGGUGGACGAGUUGUGGGUUGGCUACCAAUUGUGAAGGAGAACCCAAGUGACUCAGGAAAAGCUGGAUAUGCUGACUUCAAGCAGAUUGUAUGGCAUGAAGCAUUUUAUGCAGUACUCAAGGCUGUCGCAGAAUAUUCCCGUACUGGCUAUCACUUCAAGUGUGCUGAUCAGAUCAUACGAUUUCUGUUCCCCAUAGUUCUUAUCUUGUCUGCAGACUAUGAGGAGCAAUGUGUCAUGGCUCUCAUACGUGGCUUUCGCGGUCUAUGCCCUUGCCCUAUCUGCCUCGCCCCAGCCAAGAACCUUGUGGACACUUCUGAAGAAUAUGAAUUACGAACCACUGCUACGAUGCAGGCCAUAUUUCAUAAAGCAAAAGAGCUAGGACGCACUGCAGGUGAACAGCUACUCAAGUCAUAUGGCCUUCGAGCAGGAGUUAAUGUUUUCUGGAAGAUCUGCCUUUCUGAUCCAUAUCUGGCAUUAAGCUUUGACCGGCUCCAUGCUUACCAUGGUGGCCUGUUCGGCCGGCAUAUAUGGCCACAACUGAAGCUAUAUAUUGAAGACCUGGGACGUGCUGCUGGAACAACACUCGAAAAACAGGUGGGAGAGCUGCCCCGAUGGCGUGACUUCAAUCACUUCAAUGAAGUUAUGAAGACAAAAUUCACCGAUGGUCAAAAGUUUGAAGAUUUGUCAAAGGUCCUUCUCUAUGCUAUCUAUAAUCUGUUUGAUCGACGGCAGCAUGCACAUAUCCAUUUAUUGCUGCAGUGCCUGAGGCUAUACCUUGAGCUUGAUAUAUAUGUUGGGCUGGAAGUUCAUACCAGUGAUACUCUUGAAGCAGGGCAGCAGACCCUUGCUAAAUUUUCACUAAAAUUGCAGGAUUGGGAAUUCCCAAAGGCACACUCACAUAAGCAUGUCUUUGAUGAUAUACGUGCUAAAGGUGCAACCCGUGUCUACAAUACGAAGGUCAAUGAGAAGGUCCAUGGGCCUCUGAAGGAGGCAUAUCGCCAUACAAACUAUAAGCAGGUUGCUGGCCAGAUACUGAGAGAAGAUCACUGGAAGUUGGUGUCUUCUCUCAUCCGGGAACAUAUAACUUGCCUUGAUGCUUACAACCAACCUGGGGAAGAGUACGAUGAUGUUGGGAUAAUGCACAUAGCUCUUGGCUCACCUCAGACACCCAUUACUUUCAAGGACUUGGAAGAUCUGCAUGGAAAGGAUCUGGCAUUCAAGAAUUUCCGCAUAAAACUUGGGAAGUUCUUCAGCACCUUCUUACCAGCCCAUGGUAUACCUAUUCCGGAAGGCCGUCCAAUACAUUUUGACCAGUAUGAUAAGAUCAAGGAACACCGAUAUGUGAAAGUCACUUAUGAAUCCAUGGUCGACUGGCAAGCAAAAACUGACCAUCUACGGUGUAGUCCUGACUUUCAUCACCAUGAACGUCAUGACUCAGUGAUAGUCAACACCAUAGCUGGCAAUAUCUUUGCAAAGCUGCUCUAUGUCUUCACUUGCAGCACAGGAGGAAAAGUGUACCCAUUGGCUCUAAUACAGCCUCUGGAUGCAGGAGCAGGGGCGCGCCGACAAACAGACCAGGACCUUAAAUUCCAUCGAUUGCGAGAGAGGCCUCGGAAAAGCUCAGAAUUCAUUUCACUGGAAACUGUCAUCCGUGGUUCCUUCAUUGUUCCUGACUUCAAAACAGAUGGGGACUUCUUUCCAGUAGAUGUCAUAGAUGGUGACAUGUUCCUCCGGCUUCGGGAAUUGUAUGGUGCCUAA